AGGAAGGUGAAAUUAGAAGGUUUUAGUUUUUUGGGUAACAAGGUGAUAUUAGAAGUUGAGCGCAGACCUUUCUCAUUACCAGAUCGCAGAGCAAGUCGGUGUUCGUGUUGAUGAUCUGGGAAUGGCGAGUGGAGGUGGGAGCCAACCUCCUCCGUCACCACCUUACCGACCAUACCGGCUCUUCCGAACCCUAACUGCACACACCAGAGCCGUAUCGUGCGUGAAGUUCUCCAACGACGGAACUCUCCUUGCCUCCGCCUCUCUUGACAGAACCCUAAUCGUGUGGUCUUCCCAAACCCUAGCCCUUCAAUCCCGCCUGACUGGCCAUUCGGAAGGCGUAUCAGACCUCGCCUGGUCCUCAGACUCCCACUACAUCUGCUCCGCCUCUGACGACCGAACACUUCGUAUUUGGGAUGCUCGCUCCGCCGAGUGCGUCAAAACCCUCCGUGGUCACUCUGGCUUCGUCUUCUGCGUCAAUUUCAAUCCUCAGUCUAAUCUUAUCGUCUCCGGCUCCUUUGAUGAGACAGUCCGCGUCUGGGACGUCAAGACCGGCCGCUGCGUCCACGUUAUUCGUGCCCAUUCCGACCCCGUCACUUCCGUUCACUUCAUCAGAGACGGGUCCAUCAUCGUUUCUGGAAGCCAUGACGGUUCCUGCAAGAUCUGGGAUGCCGCCACAGGUUCUUGCCUGAAGACCCUCAUCGAUGAUAAGGUCCCCGCCGUUUCCUUCGCCAAGUUUUCCCCCAAUGGCAAAUUCAUUCUCGUCGCUACGCUCGAUGAUACUCUUAAACUUUGGAACUAUUCUACAGGGAAGUUUUUGAAGAUCUACACUGGCCAUGUCAAUAAAGUGUACUGCAUAACCUCUACGUUUUCUGUCACGAAUGGGAAGUACAUAGUUAGUGGAUCAGAGGAUCAUUGUAUCUACUUGUGGGAUCUGCAAGGGAAGAAUAUGAUUCAGAAACUAGAAGGCCACACUGAUACUGUCAUCUCUGUGUCAUGCCACCCCACUGAGAACAAGAUUGCUUCUGCGGGCCUAGACAAUGAUAGAACUAUUAGGAUCUGGGUUCAAAAUUAAUGAAACUAUUACAGGCCAUAUGUAUUCAACACACAAAUACUAGUACAUGGAUUUAGUUUAGUUUCUUUGCUUAUAUUUAUGUACAUUUCUCAAUAGAUAUUUCAUUCCAGAUUUUUCAAUUAAAAUUUGUUUUAUGAGAAUAUUUCAAUUAGAAUUGAUUCAUUGGA